GCGAAGACUGCGGAGCACAGUCUCUGCGGGGGUCAGUUCUGGCUGGUUCAUUCUGUCACGUUCUCGGUGUGGUUUGAACCCCAAUAUGCAGAGACGAAGCCACGGAGUGCAAAAGGCAAAAUACCACUGGCAGAGUCAAAAUGUCAAACAAAGUGGAGUGGACGACAUGGUCCUCCUGUCCAAGAUCACCGAGGACGCCAUUGUGGAGAACCUGAAGAAAAGAUACAUGGACGACUACAUUUUUACUUACAUCGGUCCUGUGCUGAUAUCAGUGAACCCGUUCAAACAGAUGCCCUACUUCACUGAGAGAGAAAUCGAGCUGUACCAAGGAGCAGCCCAAUAUGAGAAUCCACCCCACAUCUACGCCUUGACUGACAACAUGUACAGAAACAUGAUGAUUGAUGGAGAAAAUCAGUGUGUUAUUAUCAGCGGCGAGAGUGGGGCAGGAAAGACUGUGGCUGCCAAAUACAUCAUGGGCUACAUAUCCAAAGUAUCUGGAGGAGGAGCCAAAGUUCAGCACAUAAAAGACAUUAUCCUUCAGUCCAAUCCUCUCCUAGAAGCCUUCGGGAAUGCCAAAACUGUCCGCAACAACAAUUCUAGUCGCUUUGGCAAAUACUUUGAGAUUCAAUUCAGCAGAGGCGGAGAGCCUGACGGGGGCAAAAUCUCCAACUUUCUGCUGGAGAAGUCGAGGGUGGUGAGCCAGAAUGACAGCGAAAGAAACUUCCACAUUUACUAUCAGCUGAUAGAGGGCACUAGUGCUCAGCAGAAAGAGGGCCUUGGCAUCAUGACCCCGGACUACUACUUCUACCUCAACCAGUCUGGAACCUACAAAGUGGAUGGAACCAAUGACAGUAAAGAUUUCCAUGAAACUAUGGAAGCCAUGCAGGUGAUCGGGAUCCCAGGUGACAUCCAGGCCCAGGUGCUGCAGAUUGUUGCUGGCAUCCUCCACCUGGGGAACAUCAGCUUCAUAGAAGCAGGGAAUUAUGGACAAGUGGAAAGCAUGGACUUGCUCGCCUUCCCAGCCUACCUGCUGGCCAUCGACCCCAACCGUCUGCAGGAGAAGCUGACCAGUCGGAAAAUGGACUCAAAGUGGGGAGGCAAGUCAGAGUCCAUCAAUGUGACACUGAACCAGGAGCAAGCCACCUACACGAGAGACGCCCUGGCUAAAGCCCUCUACGCACGACUCUUUGACUACCUGGUGGAGGCCAUUAAUAAAGCCAUCCAAAAACCGCAUGAAGAAUUCAGCAUCGGCGUAUUGGACAUAUAUGGUUUUGAAAUAUUCCAGAGAAAUGGAUUUGAGCAGUUCUGUAUCAACUUUGUCAAUGAGAAACUACAACAGAUCUUCAUUGAACUGACUCUGAAGGCUGAGCAGGAGGAGUACGUUCAAGAGGGCAUCAAGUGGACACCCAUUCAAUACUUCAACAACAAGAUUGUGUGCGACCUUAUUGAAAAUAAAUUGAAUCCUCCAGGUGUGAUGAGUGUGCUGGAUGAUGUGUGUGCCACCAUGCAUGCCAAAGGCGAGGGUGCAGAUAGCACUCUGCUGCAGAAACUGCAGGCUGCCGUAGGAAUACACGAGCAUUUCAACAGCUGGAACUCAGGCUUUGUUAUACAUCACUACGCUGGAAAGGUGUCGUAUGAUAUCAACGGCUUCUGUGAGAGAAACCGGGACGUCCUUUUCCCCGACCUUAUUGAGCUCAUGCAAAGCAGUGAACAUGACUUCAUCCGCAGCCUGUUCCCCGAAAACCUCAACACGGACAAGAAAAGCAGGCCAACUACCGCAGGCUCCAAGAUCAAGAGACAAGCAAAUGACCUGGUGAACACGCUAAUGAAGUGCACGCCCCACUAUAUCCGCUGUAUCAAACCCAACGAGACUAAAAGGCCCAAAGACUGGGAGGAGAGCAGGGUUAAGCAUCAAGUGGAAUACCUCGGACUUCGGGAAAACAUCCGCGUACGGAGGGCUGGUUUUGCAUACCGCAGGAUCUUCACUAAAUUCCUGCAAAGGUAUGCCAUUCUGACUGAUGAGACAUGGCCUCGCUGGAGGGGUCCGGAGCAGCAGGGGGUCCUUCACCUCCUCCGUUCUGUUAACAUGGAUAUCGACCAAUACCAGAUGGGCCGCACCAAAAUCUUUGUUAAAAACCCAGAAUCGCUGUUCCUUCUUGAGGAGAUGAGGGAGAGGAAGUUUGACACUUUCGCCAGGACCAUUCAGAAGGCGUGGAGAAGAUACAUUGCCAGGAAGAAGUAUGAACAGAUGAGAGAAGAGGCUUCGGACAUCCUAUACAACUCCAAAGAGCGGAGGAAACACAGCAUCAACAGGAACUUUGUUGGAGACUACCUGGGCCUAGAACAAAGACCUGAGCUGAGGCAGUUCCUGGCCAAGAGGGAGCGUGUUGACUUUGCAGACUCUGUCAACAAGUUUGAUCGAAGGUUCAAGUCCAUCAAGAGAGAUUUGAUCCUGACCCCCAAGGGAAUCUAUCUGAUUGGCCGGGAGAAAGUGAAGAAAGGUCCCGAGAAAGGCCAAAUAAAGGAGGUGCUAAAGCGAAAACUGGAGUUUGGGAGCAUCAGUGGCAUCUCUCUCAGCACGAGACAGGAUGAUUUUUUUAUCCUGCACGAGGCACAGUACGACAGUCUGCUGGAGUCCAACUUCAAGACGGAGUUCCUCAGCUUGUUGUCCAAACGCUACGAGGACGUGACCAGGAGGAAACUGGCCAUAUCUUUCACAGACAGACUGGAGUUCAGAGUGAAGAAAGAGGGUUGGGGCGGCGGUGGCUCCAGGGUGGUGGUGUUCCAGAAUGGAAUGGGGGACCAGGCCCAGCUCAAACCUGCAGGCAAGACCCUCACCAUCACAGUAGGGAAUGGACUACCCAAGUCUUCCAAACCAACCAGGAAGAGUGGUCCACAGUCACGUGGUGGAGGACAAAAUCACAAAGCAAGCAGAGCACACCAGAAUGGAGCAAACCAGUUCUUCAGAGGACCCAAGCAAUCAGACAUCACAUACUCCUCCCCGCACAAACAGAGCCGGCCUCCGCAAACGGCCCUACCGAAACUGGGCUUUCAGAAAGCUGCCAGAGUCUCAACCCACAACCACAGUAACCAGGGGAACAUGGACUUCCUGAACGUGCCGGAUGAGGGCAUGUCAGGAAAACAGAGGAAACAGAGUAUUGGCCAGCGUCCGCCUCCUGCUCCCAAACCCCAGCCUCGCCCUCAGGGGCCUCGCUGUCGGGCUUUAUACCAGUACAUUGGCCAGGACACCGACGAGAUCAGCUUUGAGUUCAACGAUGUGUUUGACCUUGUCAAAGAAGAUCCGUCAGGGUGGUGGACUGGCAGGAUUCGAGGAAAAGAAGGUCUCUUCCCUGGUAACUAUGUGGAAAAGAUUUAAUCAUUGUCCCUGGUUGCUUGGUGGAUGUUUAUGCAUGAUGGAAACAUGAUUGUUUAAGGUGGACACACCUCCCUUUGGAGACAGGAGGCAUUGCCAUUAUUGUCAUGACUGUAAAACGCAGAUCCUACCGUGUAUCAGGUUUCAUCUGUGUUGUCGCCUCGCACUUUGCUGUUCAAAAGAACCUAGUAACAAGAUCUUUGACUACUCUCCCUAUUGACACCUCUCGUUCAGUCUUCUAUGCACUAUGACCUUAAGCUUAAAUUACAGCCCGUCGAGAAUAAUGAGCCUAAUUGCUGCACUGCAUUAUGUUGUUGCCAGUGUUAACAAACGUAUGAUUGCAUUUGUCUCAUAUUUUCUGUCAUUACCUGUUAACAUUUCACAAUAGAACCCAAAUGGACUGUGCGUACGAACAUUUGUACUGUAACAAACACCUCUGGAUUAAUGGAUGCCAUUAGUGGAGAGCCAUUCCCAAUUUCACACAUUUCUCUUGCCUCAUUUUUAAUGUAUUGUAGAUUUUGAUUUGUCCGUGUAGCUUAUGUUUUUUUAUAUACUGUAUGUGUAAUUAAAAUUCUCAGGUUGUUUUGUGUUACUCUACUUUUUACUUU